AUGAAACCGGUGAGCAGAGUCCUGUGGCUGGGCUGCGUGCUGGUCUUUUGCUUCCAGGUCCUGGUUCCCUGCGGGCUCCCUGGGGUUUGCGGCCUGGACAACGGCUUGGCGAUGACCCCUACCAUGGGCUGGCUGCACUGGGAGCGCUUCAUGUGCAACGUGAACUGCCAAGAAGAGCCAGAUUCCUGUAUCAGCGAGAAGCUCUUCCUGCAGAUAGCUGAGAUCAUGGCCUCAGAUGGCUGGAAGGAUGUAGGUUAUGAGUACAUCUGCAUUGAUGACUGUUGGAUGGCUCCUGAAAGAGAUUCAAAAGGCAGACUUCAGGCAGACCCUAAACGCUUUCCUGGUGGGAUCCGCCGCCUAGCUAAUUAUGUUCAUAGCAAAGGACUGAAGCUAGGGAUUUAUGCAGAUGUUGGAAACAAAACCUGCGCAGGCUUUCCUGGGAGUUUUGGAUACUAUGACAUUGAUGCCCAGACCUUCGCUGACUGGGGAGUAGAUCUGCUAAAAUUUGAUGGUUGUUACUGUGAUAGUAUACAACAUUUGGCAGAGGGUUAUAAGCAAAUGUCCUUGGCCCUGAACAGGACUGGCAGAAGCAUUGUGUACUCCUGUGAGUGGCCCCUUUAUAUGUGGCCCAUUUUUAAGCCCAAUUACACAGAAAUCCGAGAGUACUGCAAUCACUGGAGAAAUUUUGCUGACAUUUAUGAUUCUUGGCAAAGUAUAAGGAAUACCUUGGACUGGACAUCUUCUAACCAGAAGAUAAUUGUUCCUGUUGCAGGACCAGGAGGUUGGAAUGACCCAGAUAUGUUGGUGAUUGGCAACUUUGGCCUCAGCCGGGAUCAGCAAAUAACUCAGAUGGCCCUCUGGGCUAUCAUGGCGGCUCCAUUACUCAUGUCCAAUGAUCUCCGACACAUCAGCCCUGAAGCCAAAGCCCUUCUUCAGGAUAAGGAUGUAAUUGCCAUCAACCAGGACCGCUUAGGCAGGCAGGGGUACCGACUUAGAAAGGAGAACAACUUUGAGGUGUGGGAACGCCCUCUCUUGAACUUAGCAUGGGCUGUGGCUAUAGUAAACCUGCAGGAGAUAGGUGGACCUCGUUCUUACACCAUCUCUGUUACUUCCUUGGGUCGAGGACUGGCCUGUAAUCCUGACUGCCUGAUCACAGAGCUCCUGCCUGAGAAGAGGAAGCUUGGGUUUUAUGAAUGGACUUCAAGUUUAAAAACUCAAAUAAAUCCCACAGGCACUGUUUUGCUUAGGCUAGAAAGAACAAGCUCAGUUCAGUUCAGUUACUCAGCUGUGUCUGACUCUUUGUGA